AUGGUGACUUCUGCCCCUUACAUCCUCGCCUCAGCGUUCUCGACGAAGCACUUCGACGGCAAUCCCGCUGCCAUUGUUUUCAUCGACACGGAUGUCGACCUAUCGAUUCUCAGGGGCUUAUCGAAAAACUUCAACCAGCCCAUGGGCACUUUUGUUAAGCCACCCGUACAACCGGCAAAAGGGGAGAAAGUGGUCUCAACAGAAAUUCGAUACGUGACUACGACUGGAUUAGAAGCCCCUGUUUGCGGACACGCGACUCUCGCAGCAUCCAAAGCAAUUCUCUCGCUACCCGGCUUCUCCGAUGCAGGCAUUCAAGAGUGUCGAUUUCGGACGCGAACCGCUGGUGUAAUAUCUGUCAAGGUUCUGGAUGAUGGUUUUUUUGAACUCGAGCUGCCAUCGGCUUGUCCGGAAGAGGUUUCUCGAGAGGAAAUAGGACGAAUCACCGCCAUUGUGCGUCGCGCCUUCAAAAGGGAUCUAAACGUAGUCGGGGUGAGGCAUGGAGGUGCUAAAUAUCCUCACAUUCUCAUGAUCGAAAUAGAAGAGGACGAGAACCUGGCUGAAGCUGUGGUAAAUGUCGGCGUUUUUUCAGAAACUGGGUACGGUAUAAACGCGGUUACCUCGAUUGCAGCCAAGUCUGUCAGCGACGCUGGCGAGCAAUACACAUGUCGGAUGUUCAGUCCGGAGUUACCUGGAGGGGAAGACCCCGUCUGCGGCUCAAUGCAAUGCGUACUGGCACCUUACUGGUACACCAAGAAAAAUAUUCCUUCAGGGACUCGGAUUGUGUCAAGGCAAAAAGCGCUCCCAACCGCCCACUAUCAUACCUUCUUAUACUUCGCUGAUUUUGUUAUGUCUUCUUUGAAUCUCAUCUGGGACGAUGGUUCCACCGACACUCUCUGGUCUGAGAGCUACGCCAAUGCCCAAUGGGCCGCUUAUAUCACCGAACGAGUACAGGCCAACCUAUUUAAGGGACUGCUUAUCCAAAAUCUCACGGAGCCUGAAAAGAAAGUCGACGUCAUACUCAAGAUUGCUCGACGCUCCAGUUCAGAGGAAAUGAAAAGCCUGAAAAACGAGGCUGGCUUCUACGGACGCGAGCUGGUCCCCCUUCAGGGCGAUGUAGUUCCUCGUUUUUAUGGUCUCUGGAGCGCGGACAUUCGCGGAGUUGAAUUUGCGUGUUUGAUCCUCGAUACGUGCAUUUCCGUUCCCAUCACAGAUCCUAGAGAAGCGAUUCGACAGGCAGUGGUAUCCGCCAGCAAGAUCCACUCAGUCGGGGUGAGCCAUAAGAAUCUCGAUCGCUCACCCUCGCCUUUCUACUGGAAUGGCAAGGCUAUUAUGUUUGUCGACUUCUCUGGUGCGACCCGACACGAAUGUCGGGGUGCCGUCCCGAACGUAAUUCAUUUCUGCGAAGAGUUGACCGCCAUGGAGCGAUUCGUCCAUAGUACUAUUCCAGGCGGUGCGGCUGCGUUCACGCCGCGAACGGCAUGGUACAUCCCUCAAGGUAUCUGGAGAACUUGA